AUGCUAAUAUUGAAUAAGGCAGCAGGAGUUUUUUCUAAACCAUCAAGAAGGGAAAUUUAUGAAUUUUUAAGAAGUUUUAAUUUUUGUCCUGGAAAAGUAUUUCUUCAUAAACUAGUAUUGGGGAUUGAAACCAGUUGUGAUGAUACGGCAGCUGCUGUGGUGGAUGAAACUGGAAAUGUUUUGGGAGAAGCAAUACAUUCCCAAACUGAAGUUCAUUUAAAAACAGGUGGAAUUGUUCCUCCAGUAGCUCAACAGCUUCACAGAGAAAAUAUUCAACGAAUAGUGCAAGAAGCUCUCUCUACCAGUAAAGUCUCUCCAAGUGAACUCUCAGCAAUUGCAACUACCGUCAAACCAGGACUUGCUUUAAGCUUGGGCGUAGGCUUAUCAUUUAGCUUACAACUGGUAGACCAAUUAAAAAAACCCUUUAUUCCCAUUCAUCAUAUGGAGGCUCAUGCACUUACUAUUAGGUUAUUAAAUAAAGUAGAAUUUCCCUUUUUAGUUCUUUUGAUUUCUGGAGGUCAUUGUCUAUUGGCAUUAGUUAGAGGAGUUUCAGAUUUUCUGCUUCUGGGAAAAUCUUUGGACAUAGCACCAGGUGACAUGCUUGACAAGGUAGCAAGAAGACUUUCUUUGAUAAAACAUCCCGAGUGCUCUACCAUGAGUGGUGGGAAAGCUAUAGAACAUUUGGCCAAACAAGGAAAUAAACUGCAUUUUGAUUUCAAACCUCCCAUGCAACGAGCUAAAAAUUGUGAUUUUUCUUUUACUGGACUUCAACAUGUUAUUGAUAAGAUAAUAACACAAAAGGAAAAAGAGGAAGGGAUCCAGAAGGGGCAAAUCCUGUCUUCGGCUGCACAUAUUGCUGCUGCAGUACAGCACACAACAGCGUGCCACAUUGCAAAAAGAACACAUCGUGCCAUUCUGUUUUGCAAGCAGAGAGAUUUGUUAUCUCAAAAUAAUGCAGUGCUGGUUGUAUCUGGAGGUGUUGCAAGUAACCUAUAUAUCCGAAAAGCUCUGGAAAUUGUAACAAAUGCAACACAAUGCACUUUGUUAUGUCCUCCUCCCAGACUGUGCACUGACAAUGGCAUUAUGAUUGCAUGGAAUGGUAUUGAAAGAUUGCGUGCUGGCUUGGGCAUUUUACACAACACAGAAGGCAUCCGCUAUGAACCAAAAUGUCCUCUUGGAGUAGAUAUAUCAAAAGAAGUUGGAGAAGCUGCCAUAAAAGUACCACGAUUAAAAAUGAAGAUUUGAUUUUUGCUUUUCAAACAAUCUCUUAAGUAGGCACCGCACCCUGCAUGGAGCCCAAUGUGGGACUCAGACUUAUAACCCUGAGAUCAAGACCUGAGCCGAGAUCAAGAGUUGGAUGCUUAACGGACUGAGCCACCCAGGUGCCCCCUGAAUUAAUUUUUUUAAAAGGCAGAAUGAAUAAACAUGGAAAAAUUACUAUUAGAAGUGUAGAUGUUUUUCUAAUAGUCACAAAACAAAGAAAUAAGAAUUCUAGACUAUCAAGGAAUAAGAGUAUAAUAGCUAUCA